AUGCGCUGGGCCCAUACUCUGCCCCUGUCCCCCUGUGCCCCUGUCCCCCUGUGCCCCUGUCCCCCUGUGCCCCUGUCCCCCUGUGCCCCUGUCCCCCUGUGCCCCUGUCCCCCUGUGCCCCUGUCCCCCUGUGCCCUUGUGCCGCCAACCCCCUGCGUGCCUGCCCCCCUGUGCCCCUGUCCCCCUGUUCCCCUCAUCACGGGGAUUCUCCCCCCUGGCCUGGGCGCUCUCACCGCCCUCAACAACCUGUGCGUGCCGCCUCGCCCUUCCCUCACCCCCGUCACCCUCCCUGCACUUUCUUUUAUGUCCCACCGAUGCUCAUUUUCCCUCAUCACCCCAGAGACAUCUCUUCUUCCUGUCCAUCCCGCCUUUGCCGUUCCCCACUUGUCGCCCCACUAUCUGUCACUGUCCGAGUGCCAUCCCCCUUUUCUCCCGUAUGACUCGCACUGCCUCUGGCUGCGCCACUGUUCUAUGGCUCACUCAGACAUCGGCAUCACCUGCGUCCUUCUUUCUCUCCCAUACGCUCUCAUCGCAUGUGUCCCUUUCUCCCUCCUUCCUUCCAUAUCCCUGUCUCCUUCACUUCCUCCCCUCCUCACUUCCUCCCCUCCUCACUUCCUCCCCUCCUCACUUCCUCCCCUCCUCACUUCCUCCCCUCCUCACUUCCUCCCCUCCUCACUUCCUCCCAUCCUAGACGAUGCUUCAUGUCUUUCUCCCCCCCUUGUUUCUCCCCCUUACCCCUUUUCUUUCAUCCCCACGUACGACUUGGCGCUGAUCAAGUGUCCCAGCUACCCACAGAACGACUGUGCCACGCAGCAGAACACUCUCAGCACCUUCUGCAAGCAGUGCAGUGGCUUCUGCUCCGGCUGCCUCUCCAAACACCCUCCCCCACCUACCUACCCUCCACCUCCACCAAUUGCACCCCCUCCUCCGCCUCCCCCUUCCCUCUCUCCUCCCCCUCCACCUCUCCCUCCCUCUCCCCCCCCUCCCUCUCCGUCUCCUCCCCCCGCGCCUCCUCCGCCCUCGCCACCCCCACCUCCUGUGCCUGAGGCGGCUGCGGGGUUGUCAGCAGGAGCGGUGGUGGGGAUAUCGGUGGCAGCAGCGGUGGCCGUGCUGGGCUGUGGCUGCUUGGGCUUUGUUCUCAUCGCCCUCUUUAGGACCAAGAAGUCACGAGGAGCAUCAACGAUGCGCACGGCCAGCAGUGCGGUGCCGCAGGUGUGCCUGCAGUACUCUCUGGAAGAGGUCACACGAGCCUCGUCCAAUGUAAACGAGAUGGCAACAAAGCACCACCCGAACCUGGUGCGGCUGCUGGGGUUCUGCAUAGACGGCGAUGCGGCAUCGGAGAACAUAGAGCAGAUCGUCAUCUACGAGUUCAUGAUCAAUGGGGACCUCUCCAAGAGGCUCAAUGCUGGUGAGGGACGCGGUGAAGGGUGGUGUGUGGUGAAGGGUGGUGUUUGUUUCGGCGUGCUGGCCCUGGAGCUGUUAACCAACCGGCACGCAGUGUUCAUGCUGGAGGGUGGGCAGCUGGUGAACGUCAAAGAGUGGACGGCCAAGAAGCUCGCAAGCAGCCGCAUUGCAGACAUCUGCGACCCGCGCAUCGCAGCCCCCGACGCCCUCGUGCGGCGCCUCGCAGAGCUCGCCAUCUCCUGCACCACCAUGCCCACCGCCUCCCGCCCCACCAUGGGCAAGGUUGCGAGCGAGCUCGAGGCGCUCAAGGACGAGUUUGUCGGGCAGGAGGUGAACCGGGCGGCGCGAAAUAUCGACGAGCAGAUUCACUCGGCGUCGCAGCUGCACCGGCCUCUGGAUGAGGAGUUGGAUAGGAUUUCUAAUAUGACUCCGAGUAGCGGGCCGGGGAGCACGAUGCGGGAAGGGAGUGGGAUCGUGCCGGUUAGUGGCAGCACGCAUGACGAGGAGCCGCUGACAGCGAACGUCUCGCAUGCUGCUGGGUGA